GACAGACGUCAAUUCUUACCGUACGAAGCAGUUCUGGCGCAGCCUAGACAAAAUAUUCGUGUAAAAAAAACGUGUGGGGUGGGAUUGUUUGUUUCAGGAAAACUAAGUAGGUACCUAAUUGGAUGAUGAUGAAUGAGGAAAAUGGCAAUGAAGAUGCAAGUAUGGGUGGGGAUCCCACUGAAGACAGGGAAGAGGAAACAAGGAAGAUAAACAUUGAUAGCUCCUUGAUUCAGUCAGCCACACUUCGGGAUGAGGAUGCCGAACUGGAUGGGCUCGGCCUGCGGCUGUACGACCAGUCCGCCCUGGAGUCGGGCAUCCGGCUGCAGGUGGACGCCGCCCUGGACAGGAUGGAGGCCCAGCGGCAGAAGGUCAAUGCCGAGAAACGCGCCAGGACGCUGCGCAACCGAAUCAGCCAGCUCCGUCAGAAGUGCCGACACCUGCAGCGCUCGGCCGUCACGGCGCCGCGGACCUACGAGGAGCUGCAGCGUCAGAAGCGGCAGCAGUCGGAGCUGGCCGACCGCAGGCAGGAGCUGGCGGAGCUCGAGGCAGAGCUCGCAGCGCUGGAGGGUGCCGGGAGCUCGCAGGACGUCACCGGUGACGACCAAUCAGCAGCGGCCCUGCUCUCCGGCGACGGCGAGUCCGAACUGGAGGCCAAGGUCCGGCUGGGCGAGGUCACGCCGUUCGGCACUGACCUCUCGGCAGUCACCGUGGAGCCGGCCAGCUCCUCUUCGAGGCUCAUUCAUUCUUCCGCGAAGUCUCCUCCAAACGUUCCCGGGACCUCAGCUAUGCGCGGCACAUCAACAGAAACAUCACCACUACAAACAAAAACGAGCCAAUCGGAACUCGCCAAAUCCCGUCCGUCCGCCAGUGUCAACCAAUCAGCGUCGGCGGUCCGACGGCCUUCAGUCGGCGAUAGCCAAUCAGAGGACGAGUACGUCCCGUCAGACGAGUCGGCCGACGAAUCAGACGAGCCGUACCUUCCUUCGGACGAGGAGGGAGGAAUAGAGGACCGGCGGAACGGAAAGGGACGGCCGGUGACCAAAGGGACCAAACGGAAACGGGCUCACGCAAGCCCCAAAGUCACAGCCAAACGCGUCCAUCGUGAGACCGACGACGGCGACCCCGAGGCGUACGCGGCGCGGAUCCGCGAGUGGCGGCGAGAGCGGCGCGAGGAGCGUCUGCUGCGCAUCGAACAGGGCAUCGUCGACGACGACGGCGGCGAGGAGCGGUGUGUCGAGUUCGACGGAGGGUUCCGCUGCCCCGCUUCGCUCUGGGACCGACUGUUCAAGUACCAGCAGGUGUGUGUCCGAUGGCUGUGGGAGCUCCACCAGCAGCGAUGCGGCGGUAUCCUCGGGGACGAGAUGGGACUCGGGAAAACCAUCCAGGUGAUCGCCUUCCUGGCCGGCCUCAGCAGCAGCAACGUCAGAUGGGGCGGCGAGCGCGGCCUGGGCCCGGUUCUGGUGUUGGCCCCGGCCACCGUGCUCCACCAAUGGGUGGCCGAGCUACACCGCUGGUGGCCGCCGCUGCGGGUGGCCGUACUGCACGAGUCUGGGUCACACGCAGGUAGUCGCACGGGUCUGAUCCGCCAGAUGGGCAGCCGGCGUGGCGUGCUGCUUGCCUCCUACUCGGCAAUGACCUCCCAUAAGGAGGCGCUGGUGGCGCAGGACUGGCACUACGUUAUACUGGACGAGGGGCACAAGAUACGAAACCCAGACGCACAGGUCACACUGGCUGUCAAACAGGUGCGCACGCCCCACCGGGUGAUCCUGAGCGGCUCGCCGCUACAGAACAACCUGCGCGAGCUCUGGUCGCUGUUCGACUUUGUGUUCCCCGGCAAACUGGGCACCCUGCCCGUGUUUAUGUCACAGUUCGCGGUGCCCAUCACUCAGGGAGGAUACACGAACGCGUCAGAUACUCAGGUGGUGACUGCGUACCGCUGCGCCAAGGUGCUGCGGGACACGAUUGCGCCCUACCUGUUACGGAGGAUGAAGGCAGACGUCCAACAGACACUGCAGCUGCCCACCAAAAACGAACAGGUGUUGUUCUGCCGUCUGACUGACGUGCAGCGUCAGUUGUACCAGGACUACCUGAACUCGGAUGGCCUCAGGAGGAUCAUGCAGGGCAACAUGAAGGUAUUUGUGGGUCUGACGGCACUACGGAAGCUGUGUAACCACCCGGACCUGCUGACUGGCGGCGGUGAGCGGCCCGGUGAGACGGGUGACGAGCCGGCGCCGUUCGGCCACUGGCGACUGGCCGGUAAAAUGGUGGUGCUGUCCACUCUACUGGCCAUGUGGCGCCGUCAGGAGCACAAGGUGCUGCUGUUCACACAGAGCAGGCAGAUGCUGUCGAUCGUCGAAGCGUUUGUGGCCGAGCGCGGCUACAGCUACCUGCGGAUGGACGGCACGACUUCAGUCGGCUCCAGACAGUCGCUGAUCGGGCGGUUCAACGCCGAGCCGGACAUUUUCUGUUUUCUGCUGACCACGAGAGUCGGAGGACUGGGUGUCAACCUGACUGGUGCUAACCGUAUCGUCAUCUACGACCCGGACUGGAACCCGUCGACUGACCAGCAGGCCCGAGAGAGGGCCUGGAGGAUCGGCCAGGGGCGGCACGUCACCAUCUACAGACUUCUGACGGCGGGCACCAUCGAGGAGAAGAUCUACCACCGGCAGAUCUUCAAGCAGUUCCUCACCAACCGAGUGCUCAAGGACCCCAAACAGCAGCGCUUCUUCAAGACAAAUGACCUGCACGACUUGUUCACGCUGACUGAGGAUGCACCGGAGGACGAUGGGGGAUCAGCGGCGGGGUCCGCGGGCGGCAGGCAGCGGCCGGUGGUCUCGCAGACCACGGAGACAGCAGAGAUGUUCUCUGGGAGCCAGGUGAAUGCGGCCGUUCUCGAGGCUCGGCGUCAGAAGGAAAAGAAACUGCGGAAAGAACGCGAAAAACAAAAGCUUCUCGAGGCCGAAAGACGCAGACGCAAGCUUCUUGAAAAAGCCCGCAAACUGAACCGAAAGCUGUUCACUGGGGGCUAUGCGCCUCAGACGAGCGCAAAGAGCACGACACAGAACAGGAGUGGGGAGUCGGAGGGAGGGGACGGGUCCUCAGAUGCAGCCGGGCGCAUACCAGCAACUGAUGGGGUCAAUACUGGAGAGAUCGUGGAAAGCUCCCAGGAAACGUGCGAUGGUAUUUCAGAGGACGCCGUGAGGACGACGAAGGGACAACCGAUCUCCGUGAAUAACGGAGACGGUCUUGUGACGUCGAAGGUUACUGGAAAAGAUGACAAUGAAGAUAUCGCAGGGCGAGCUAGGAGAGACACCGAUGGAGCUUCCAUGGAGGACGGGAGGAUACCAACAGGUCUGGAAGCUGAAAACCCGGGGGUGGCGGUUGCAUCCCUAGCAGCAGAGAGCAAGGAAGAUGUCUUGGAGUCGGAACGCACCGGAAAGGCGACAGGGCCAGAAAUAGCAAACGUGGAGGAAGGAGAGCUAGUUGAAGACGAAGCAAGCUCUUCACCUGUCUCAUCUAGCCAAGAUCGCGCUGAAGACCAGUCGAUGCUCGGUACAUCAUCAUCGACUGCAGCUGUAGCGGGUAGCAGUUCCUCUAGACUCGUGACAACUUCAUUCAACUCCAAACUCAGUCGGUCACCAGAAUACGAGCCCAAGAAACGCAAGGAAAGCCACCUCGACCGCACUAAAAGAAAAGAAAGAGAUGAAAGAAAACGAUCACGAAACGGCGAAAGAAGGGAGGAUAGUGCUAAAGAAGAGAGGCGUCGCCGGCGACGACAGCGGCGGAGCGACCCGCUGCUCGGCGCUGUGGAGGGUCUGGUGGAUAGCGAGGUUUACCGGCCGCCUCAGACAGAUGACGCCGACCCCAGUGACCGGUCACAGGACGACUACGUGCUCACGAAGCUGUUCAAAAAGUCGGGCGUGCACUCAGCGGUCCGCCAUGACGUCAUAGAGAGCCACGGCACGCACGACGGCGCAGUGCUGGAGGCGGAGGCUGCCAAGGUGGCCAAGGAGGCGGUGGCGGCCCUGCGCGCCAGCAGGAGGGAGGUGCGGGCCGCCGGUAUCGGUACACCCACCUGGACCGGCCAGAGCGGACGGGCAGGCAUACCCACCAAACCGCGUUUCGGUCAGAAGAAGAACCCUCUGCUGGCGGCCAAGCCGGCGCCACCUCCCCCUCCACCCCCUGUGAAGAAGCCGGCCGCUCCGUCUCUACCUGCCCUCUUCGCUCCGGACACCGCGCGUCGUCCUGCCCGCCCGGCCGCCGCCCCGACCUUCGCACCGACCGCCGCACCUAACCUGUUCGGCGGCUCGGCGGCACUGGGUCUGGGCGCUCUCAGCAACGCCGCCAGUGCCGACAACGCGCCACUCUCGUCCGCACAGCUCCUGGCGCGCAUCCGACGCCGCGCCGACGGCGAGGAUGGCGCAGAGGCGGUGGAAGUGGCGCAGGAGCACGCCGAUCUACUAGCGGAUAUUCGGAACUUUGUGGCGUUUCAGACGAAUACUAACGGGCGUGCGAGUACGAGCGAGCUACUGGGAGAGUUCAAGGCACGAUUGCCUCCCGAGCAGAGUGCGCUCUUCAAGGCGCUGCUGACGGGUAUAUGCGAGUUUGAGAGGGGCGCCGAUAAGGUCGGAUGGUGGGUGCUUCGUGAGGAGCUGCGAUGAGGUGCCGGGCGGGCGGCGCAGUGGAGAUCUAUGGAGUACUGGGCGGUAAAUUGUUACGUGGAGUAAGUACGAGUCUUUUGUGUCAGAGGCUAGCUAAGUUUGGUGAAUCAGUCAUCAGGAUGGUGAUCCUACAACAAUGUGUGAUAGAUGGUGAUUUGAAUGUGCACUCUAUUUCAAUCCCGAUGUAUGAUGCGUGAUAGCGAUGUUGAUGAAUGUUAUUCAGUGAUAAAAAUGUUUCGCGAAGGUCAACGGCCUGAACAAAUGUUUUGUGGCGAUGGUCAACUGUCACCCUGGAUCAGCAGUUGUAAGCAAACGUGUUGUGGACCAGGGAGGAGGCUACGGAUUCACGUUAUUGCGAUCGUAUUUGAACAUUGUUACACAAGACAGGUACGGCUUGUGUCAAGGUUUGCCUAAGACUGCCUCGAAUGUUUUCUUUUUUUUUUUGUCUUUCUUCUCGGGAUGUAAGCGAUACUUCGUUUUAUACACAGUCUUCUAAGUGACGUGGUGUAAGAUUCCUUAGGGUAUGAUUGUCGAUCGGUGUCCAUGUACUUCUUCUAAAUCAGCAUGUUCGUAGUUAAUCUAUAGUUGCCAGUUGCUUGUGUAUUGUUUGGAGACUGGAUUAGGGAUUCACUCUAGCAGUAUCUGUGCGUACUUAUAUUCCUCGUCCUUUGUGAUUUCGUACACGAGCCAACUUUGCAAACUAGGGUCCACAUCACAUCUUAUUCACUUAAUCGCGUUCAGGGUACUUUCCAUAUCCUAAAUGCAUCGAGAUGACGCAACAUGCUUUUCGUUUGUUACUCUUUCUCGACUGUGGAAGGUGCUUGUAAACAUGACUGUAGUUCAUUACGCCGCCUUGAGGUAUCAAUGAGCAGGGCUUUUUUUACGUGAAAUGAAGCGAGUUGCGACGUUCGUUCUCUAUGAUGUGAAGCACCAUUGAGUCAUGAUAAAAUGAAGUGAUAUGGUGAUAAGCGCUGCUGAGUAUUUUUCAAUAAAAUAUCGUUUUCUU